AUGAACCGCCAAGGUGGAACAAGGGCCCUCGCAAGGGCGCAGCGGACUUCAAACGCCUGUGAAUAUUGUCGCGAGAAGAAGAUAAGAUGUGAUAGCGCAAAACCAAGCUGCAGUACCUGCACAGCACGCGGUCGAGAAUGCAGGCAGCACCCCAUAGCUAAAAAACCAAGGCCGACAAAUAGCCGAAUCCGGCAGCUGGAGCGAGAGAAUCAACGGCUACUGCAUCUUUCCGGGGGUCGACUGCCACACGAAGCUUCGGCAAAUCGGAGUAUUCUCUACCAGGACUGCUCCGCAACUAGGGCCAGUGUAGAGGAACCGCCCUCCAGGGUUAUUGAGCCUCCCAGCUUCCCCGCCGCGCCUGGCAGCAGCCUAUCCCAUUCUUCGCCAAGGCGCUCCGAACACCAGCUAGCUGAAGUUUCCCAGGCCAACCAGACUGGCUAUCAUGGACCUACGAGUGCUAUGUAUGACGAAACGACAGCACCCAACGAUCGACUGGCGAGCCCAUCUUCGAUUGGUCGUGCUACAGAGUCACAGGAUGGUUGGCUCAUCGCUGAAGCUGCAAAAGAACGACAUAUGGAGAUGAUGAACAUGGCACGUGGGAAGCUCGAUUUUGACGGCGUUGAUCCGGGGCUAGGAAUGCAUCUCCUUUCUCUAUUUUGGACACGCCAUCUUCACGCAGGUUUUAUUGUUUACAGACCAGCAUUCAUGCGGGAUAUGGCCUAUAAAGGCCCUUAUUUUUCAAAACUGCUGCUUAAUGCAAUGUUCUAUUCCGUCUCUAAACACAGCCCGAGAACCGAGAUCCAGCGGGACAAUGAUUGUGAUACUGCUGGCUGGUCCUUCCGCCUGCGCUUCACGGAGUUAUUACGAGAUGAGUUUGAUAGGAGCAGUAUCCCGACAAUCCAGGCCUUGUUAAUCAUGGCGAGCUCACUGUUCACGCGGUGCGACGAGCGAAGUACUUCAUGGCUGUAUGCAGGAAAUGCGUUCAACAUGGCCAUCGAUCUUGGACUCCAUAUUGAGCUUCAAACAUCUCUAGCACCCGAAGAGCGUGAGGUCAGGCGGCGUGUCUUUUGGGCAUCAUAUUUGAUUGAUAAGAUUCAAUGCCUUUACCAAGGCAGACAGCCAUGCCUUCGAUUCGCGGACACCGACGUUCCGCUACGGCUCUCAAGCGACUUUGAGGAUUAUGAACGAUUCGACCAUGUGUCAUUCUCCCAGUUUGCUUUUCACGAGGUUAUUCCUUCCAGGUCCAUUCAGAUCCUACAGCAGCUGUGCAAGCUUAGCAUUAUCAUGGAACACAUUUACAGCAGCGUUUAUGCCGUCAAAAAGCGAUUGACCCAGGCGCUGAAGGAAGUAUCUGAUGACUCGGACAAACUUCAGGCUGAGUUGCAAGAAUGGCGUUCAGGCCUACCAGCAGAUCUAGACUUCGAUGCGUCCAAAUAUGCUGGACUUAUCCAUCUGCCAUUCAAAUUAUCCAUGCUAGCUCUUUGGAACGUUUUGGUCAUACUUCUUCACCGGCCUCUAGUCUCAGAUGCGCGGCUGCAUUCAACAGACCCUGAGCGCUCUCACCGAGCCCUGACGCUGUGUAGCGGGGCUGCCAAUGAGAUUACCAGCAUCCUACGAUCCUAUGCCAAGUCUUACGAUAUGCGCGGUGCACCGUUCCUGCUGUCCUAUUCCACGUAUAUAGCUGCGACUAUCCAUGUUCAUGUCCUAGCCAAAUACAAAAACGCCUCAGACACCAGUUCGGGGGCCGCGCAAGCACUUCAAGUUUGCCUCUGGUCUCUCGACGGUCAAGCGUUGAUGUAUUCGGCGGCGGAGAAGGCGAAAGCUAUCAUCGUGGGCCUUACCGACCGUAUGAAUGUCAAGAUUCCACCGCACAACGCCCUGCCGGAUAAUGGACCAUGGACUUGCGGCAUGCACUCAGAUCCACCUGUCCGCGCCGCCGAGCAAUUUGAGCAACCGGUGCCAAAUACUGACUUCUUCAAUUUCGAAUUUGACAAUGCAUCGCGUAAUCUUUCAUUCGAGUUCUUCCAGGCUGAGGAAUGGAUGGACUUUGACCAGGGCGUUCUCUUCUGA